AAAAUCAAGAACAAAUAAAACAAAAUUAAAAUAACAGGUUUUGAGAAGCUAAUAAUUAAGGCUGAAAAUGGUGGGGGUGAAGAGAUGCAUUAUUAUGGCAUGGUUAGGCGUGUAUCUAACCUUCACGAGCCAUGCGAAUGCAGACAACAGUAGCAGCUACUGCGUUACGGCAGAUGACAAAAAGUUCUGCGAGAAAGUGGUGCAGGGAGCCGCGGACUGGAACCAGGCAAUGUGCAUGGCCAUAUCAGAGGCUAUGAAACACAUAACUUCAAUCUCCAGUAGUGAUUACAGGGCUAUGAUCCAUAGAAGUAAGUCGGCCACUCUGGGAAAGACCAUUGAUAGCCUCUGCCAUCACUCCUACCUUAACACCCGAGAAAGAUUGAAGGAGAGUUUGGAGUUGGCCCGUAACGGAGACUACGAUAGCUUGAACUUAAAACUCUCAUCGGCAUUAACCAGUCUUGAAGAUUGUAGCAGUGUAUUUUUUGAUUUAAAAUAUGAUUAUUCUUCUCUUAUGAAAAUGAAUCGCGAUCUCAAUCACUGCAUCAGAGUUUGUUUGGCUGUUGAUAAAUCCAAGGCUCUCGAAGAAAAGCAGAAGGCUACACAGGCUGCACUUACUACAUACUUCGAAGUUUAAUUGGAAAGAAGAAAUAAUAAAGGUUACGUUCCUGGCUGCCUGAGACUUGCAGGUAUUUUGAAUGGAUAGACUAUGAUGUCUCCGAUCGUGUAGCAAAUGUCAUUAGAGGAUUGUUGAAGAGGGCAGACAAAUAUGAGAAGGAAAUUGACAAGCUGCACUUGACAAUUGAGAAAAAAGAUCAUAAAUUUAAUAAGAAGAUUUUGGAGUCCAAUUUUAAUUUUUUUUUUUAAUGGAUUUGGAAUUAUUGGUUUUGUAUUUGCACUGUUUGUUAUGAAUACAUGGAUGAAAUCUGAUGUAGCAAAUGUAGGGUUAUUGCAGCUUGUAGUACUGUAAUCAGGUUGUUUUCCAGUGGAUGGUGUAAUGAAUUGGCUUGUGAUGGUUAAUGAUAAGUGGAUGGUUAUCUUCA